UCGCCCCGGCGGCCGCGAGCAGGGGUGGGCGCGCUUUCUCGGGCUCGGAGGCGAGGUCUCCCCGAACGCGGGGCUCCCGUCCCCACUCCCGGCCCCUCUGCCCUCCCCACCUCUCGCCAUGACGGCGUCUCCGGAUUACUUGGUGGUGCUCUUCGGGAUCACUGCUGGGGCCACGGGGGCCAAGCUGGGCUCGGACGAGAAGGAGCUGAUCCUGCUGCUCUGGAAAGUCGUGGAUCUGGCCAACAAGAAGUUUAACCAGUCGGUGAGCAAUGAACUGAAUAUUGGGGUGGGGACUUCCUUUUGCCUGUGCACCGACGGCCAGCUGCACAUCCGGCAAAUCCUGCAUCCUGAGGCUUCCAAGAAGAAUGUAUUGCUACCUGAAUGCUUCUAUUCCUUUUUUGAUCUUCGAAAAGAAUUCAAGAAAUGUUGCCCCGGAUCGCCUGACAUUGACAAGCUGGACGUUGCAGCAAUGACAGAGUGUUUAAACUUUGAGAAGAGUGGUUCAGACUCUCGAUAUGGAGCCUCCCAAGUUGAGGAGAUGGGGAAUAUAAUUUUAGCGAUGAUAUCGGAGCCUUACAAUCACAGGUUUUCAGACCCAGAGAGGGUAAACUACAAGUUUGAAAGUGGCACUUGCAGCAAGAUGGAACUUAUCGAUGAUAACACAGUGGUGAGGGCGCGGGGUUUGCCGUGGCAGUCUUCGGACCAGGACGUUGCGAGAUUCUUCAAAGGACUCAAUAUUGCCAAGGGUGGCGCAGCACUUUGUCUGAAUGCUCAGGGUCGGAGGAAUGGAGAGGCUCUGGUGAGGUUUGUGAGUGAGGAGCACAGGGACCUGGCCCUGCAGAGGCACAAACAUCACAUGGGCACCCGGUACAUUGAGGUUUAUAAAGCCACUGGUGAAGAUUUUCUCAAAAUUGCUGGUGGUACCUCCAAUGAAGUAGCCCAGUUUCUGUCCAAGGAGAAUCAGGUCAUUGUGCGCAUGCGCGGGCUUCCUUUCACGGCCACAGCUGAAGAAGUGGUGGCCUUCUUUGGACAGCACUGCCCCAUCACUGGGGGGAAGGAAGGCAUCUUGUUCGUCACCUACCCGGAUGGCAGGCCGACGGGAGACGCGUUUGUCCUCUUCGCUUGUGAGGAAUAUGCACAGAACGCCCUGAGGAAGCACAAAGACUUGUUGGGUAAAAGGUACAUCGAACUCUUCAGGAGCACCGCCGCUGAAGUUCAGCAGGUGCUGAAUCGGUUCUCCUCAGCCCCCCUCAUUCCACUCCCAAACCCACCCAUUAUUCCAGUACUACCUCAGCAAUUUGUCCCCCCAACAAAUGUUAGAGACUGUAUCCGCCUUCGAGGGCUUCCCUAUGCAGCCACAAUAGAAGACAUCCUGGACUUCCUGGGGGAAUUCUCCACGGACAUCCGUACGCACGGGGUUCACAUGGUACUGAAUCACCAGGGCCGCCCAUCAGGAGAUGCCUUUAUCCAGAUGAAGUCUGCGGACAGGGCAUUUAUGGCUGCACAGAAGUGUCAUAAAAAAACCAUGAAGGACAGAUAUGUGGAAGUCUUUCAGUGUUCAGCUGAGGAGAUGAACUUUGUGUUAAUGGGGGGCACUUUAAAUCGAAAUGGCUUAUCCCCACCGCCAUGCCUGUCUCCUCCCUCCUACACAUUCCCAGCUCCAGCAGCUGUUAUUCCUACGGAAGCUGCCAUUUAUCAGCCCUCUGUGCUUUUGAAUCCACGGGCGCUGCCACCUUCCACAGCCUACUACCCGGCCGGCACUCAGCUCUUCAUGAAUUACACAGCCUACUAUCCCAGCCCCCCAGGUUCGCCUAAUAGUCUUGGCUACUUCCCUACAGCUGCUAACCUUAGCAGUGUCCCUCCACAGCCUGGCACGGUGGUCAGAAUGCAGGGCUUGGCCUACAAUACUGGAGUUAAGGAAAUUCUUAACUUCUUCCAAGGUUACCAGUAUGCAACCGAGGAAGGACUUGCUCACACAAAUGACCAGGCCAGGACUCUACCCAAAGAAUGGGUUUGUAUUUAAGGGCCCCAGCAGUUAGACCAUCCUCAGAAAAGAAGUGUUUGAAAGAUGCAUGGUGAUCCCGAAGCCAUCCGACAAGAAAAUUAGCAACUUCAAAGGAAGUUUGUCUACACUCAGGCUGCAGUAUUUUAAGCAAACAUGAUUCGACAGUGGACCUGUGCCUUAUCUUUUGGUGGAGUGAAAAAUUUGAGCCAGUGAAGCCAAAUCCUUUCAGCAAACAGCAUGCAGCGUACCUGGCUCCUUGCUGAUUAUGAACAGGCAUUUAAAAUGUGAAUUUGAAAUCAGAUGUCUCUAUUACUUCCAGCUAAAGUGGCAUCAUUGACGUUUCCUAAAUUUAAAAAGUCCCGGAUUAAAGAAUUCACUAGUGUCUACUGUCUCCACCAUGAAGGCUAUUGAGGAAGCUCCAUUUGUGUACUUCUGUUCCUUUGCCUCCAUCUCCCCUCUUCUGCGUGGUCAUGUCCUCUUGCUAAGCAAUUCAAGCAUUAGGCCUUGGACUACUUAAAUCACAAUUUCAAAAGAGAAAGAAAAGAGCGGGCAUGGUGACAUGUGCCUAUAAUCCCAGCA